AUGUCUGAUAAUCUAGAAUCGUUGUACGGUCGGCUGAAAUUUUCUGAGGCAGUGCUCAGUGACACAAACAUCAGUCAGGUGACUAGUUCUUCACAAGACAACUCUGAUGUGCUAUUUGCAUUAAAGCUGAAAUGGAAAACGUUGGAAGAGUGGGCGAAUGAACUCCGCGGGACAACCCAUGAAAUUGAGCUACAGUAUGUUGCCUUGUUAGAUCUUUCUAUUGAAGGUCAUCCAGUUUGUUUGAAAAAAGAAUCCCCUCGGCUUGGUUCACUGUUAAGAACAAGAAGUCAGAAAGUUAAAAAAGCACUUUCAGUCAUCAAGAACACAAAAAAGAAGGAAGAAGCUCGUGAAAAAGAAUGGAAAAUCCAUAUUUACAGAAGUGAUAUUGUUAGCUACAACAAUAUCAAAACAGAAUUGAAGAACCUGAAUGAGAUGCAGUCGCAAAAUGUCAGAGACUUGAACACCGCAAAAAAACAAAUCAUCGAAGAAAAGUUGGUAAACAAACACCUAGAACAAUAUAUAAACACAAUACAGGGUAAAGGUUUGUGCAAUGGUAGGCAACUUUGUGACCUCAAGGAGAAACAGAAGAAAAGAAAAUUGAAAACACUUAAGUCUAAACUAGAAGUUUCACUCUGGUUUAUGAAGAGUUUUGGGCUUACAGUGCAAAACCUCACAGCAACAUCGGAUACAAAUUCAGAUGUUAUUUUUAAUUUUGUGGCCGACAACAUUGUGGAGGAAAAGAUACAACCCGAAAGCAUAAGAAACAAUACUGUUCCUGACGUUGCUGCCAGCGAAAAAUUGACCAGUUUGUCUGAAGACAAAUUAAUAGAGUUAUUUGAACUGCAACAUUUGUUAGAUAAAUUCUGCAUUUCAAACGAGGCCUACCAUGAAAUGACCAUGACAACCUGUGGUAAGCAGCUGCCGAGAAGUUAUCUAAUUAAGCAAUGUCGAAAAGAUUUGAAUGACGUUACUCACAUUGAACCGGUCCCAGAAGGAUAUGGUGCACAGAGAAAUUUCAAGGACCUGCUUCGAAAAGAGAUCAGAAAGUUUUGGAGUGAAGAAAACAAUGAUCAGAGGACUAUUAAGGUAAAAAUAAGUGGUGAUGGUGCGCAAAUGUCGCGAAGUGCCAACUACAACUUUUUGUCAUUUAGUAUACUCAAUAGAGGAAAUCUUGUUAAGAGUGCUCAAGGCAUGGAUGACAAUAUCGGGAAUUUAUUUCUAGGAAACCAUACAAUAGCUUGUGUCAAAGGGAAGGAGUGCUAUGAGACAAUAAGGGAUUCCUUCAGAGAUGCUAUUACUUCAGUCAAUGAGAUGGUGUCCAACCCAACCAUUACAAUUGACGGGAAGUCUGUAGACCUGGAUUUUUAUCUUGGUGGUGAUUAUAAGUUUAUAUUGAUGGUAUUAGGUUUGAAAGGAGCAACCAGUAACUAUGCUUGUGCCUGGUGUUAUUGUUCAAAAGAUGAGAGACACGAUAUGAGUAAACACAAUGAUUUCUGGAAUGAGCCACCACAUUGCAGAGAUUUGGACAGUUUAAUCCGCUUGAAAGGUGAUUUCUCCAUUUAUCAAGACCCAUUAUUCAAUAUCCCAUUGAAAAAUGUUGCGGUUGAUGAGCUACAUCUUUUACUAAGGAUAAUGGAUAUUCUGAUUAGAGCAGUGGUAUUAGAAUGCCAUGAACUAGACUUAAAUGAGAAGAAAAAUUCAUUAAAAGCACUUCUUGAUGCUGUCAAUAAUAAGGUGCAUGUGACUUUUUCAAUAUGGCAGAAAAAAGGAUCUGCUGAACUUGAUUGGACAAGUCUGACAGGUGAUAGUAAGAAAAAACUAUUAAAGACACUACCAGAGUAUUUUGAAGGAUUUUUAAGACCAGAAACAUCAGCUACAGUUAAGACUAUAUGGCAGGAAUUCAGUAAGCUCUAUGAGCUAAUGAAAUCAAAACCUGAUUAUGCCAUGUUUCAAGAAAAAGCUAAGGAGUGGAUCAGGCUGUUCCAGUCUUUAUCGACAAAAUGCACAGGUUACCAGAAGGAACGAAUUACUCCUUACAUGCAUAUAUUGGCAUAUCAUGUACCAAUGAUGAUGAAGAUACAUGGAGAUAUCACACUGUUUACUGGGCAAGGUGUUGAGAAAAACAAUGAUGAAGGAAGAAAGGUUUACUUUAGAAGAAGUAACAAAGCAGAUGCCCCAGCCGAUAUUUUACUGUCGGAGAGUAGACAAGAUGCUCUGUGCUCUAUGCGCAGAAAAAGCAGAGAAUACUGUAAAAGGACGCAAAAUUACUGGAGUGAAGGUAUUUACAGUUUAAGAAACACAAGACCCUGCAUCAGUAGUACUAAUGUGUCCACAUGUGAAGUUUCACUACCAGAUUUUACAGACCGGGUUUUAACGCCUUCAACACCCAGUGACAAUGAAGCAAGCUCUCCAGUUAUGGAAGGUGCAGCCACAGAGUCUGCUACUCCUCUUUCCAGAGCAGAUGUUUUAAAAAUGACUGUCCUGGCUUUGAAAGAACAGUGCCGAACCAAUCACCUUGGAGUAUCUGGAAAUAAGAGGACACUUCAGGAGAGACUUAUUAAAGGAUUGAAACUAGAGUGA